ACUGUAUUAACGCCAUUGCUGAUUUGAUACUCUUAGAGUUUUACCUUCUCCCAGUAUCUUAACUUGCCAUCAGACACUAUGAGGAGACUGGCUUUUCGAGGUGCUGGUUGUACUCUGAAGAAGUUGGAUUCCAUGGGUUCCAAGAGGCGAAGAGCCACCUCGCCUUCCAGCAGCGUCAGCGGAGGAGACUUUGAUGAUGGCCACCACUCCACGAACAUACCAGGCCCAAGCAGAAAGAGGAGGAGACUUUCCAAUCUCCCAACUGUGGAUCCUAUUGCUGUAUGCCAUGAACUUUACAACACGAUCAGAGAUUACAAAGAUGAACAGGGCAGGCUCCUUUGUGAGCUUUUCAUUAGGGCCCCAAAACGAAGAAAUCAGCCAGAUUAUUAUGAAGUGGUUUCUCAGCCAAUUGAUUUAAUGAAAAUCCAACAAAAGCUAAAGAUGGAGGAGUAUGACGAUGUGAAUGUGCUGACUGCUGACUUCCAGCUGCUCUUUAACAAUGCAAAGGCCUACUAUAAGCCUGAUUCUCCUGAAUAUAAAGCUGCCUGCAAACUAUGGGAGUUGUAUUUGCGCACAAAGAAUGAGUUUGUUCAAAAAGGAGAUGCGGAGGAGGAGGAGGAAGAGGAGGAAGGACAUGACAACCAAGGCACAAAUUCUGAAUUGUCAUCUCCAGGGUACCUGAAGGAGAUUCUCGAACAGCUUCUUGAAGCUGUAGCUGUCGCCACAAACCCAUCAGGUCGCCUCAUAAGUGAACUGUUUCAGAAGCUUCCUUCUAAAGUGCAAUAUCCAGAUUAUUAUGCAAUAAUAAAAGAGCCCAUAGAUCUUAAAACAAUUGCCCAAAGGAUACAGAACGGAACUUAUAAAAGCAUUCAUGCAAUGGCCAAGGAUAUAGAUCUUCUAGCAAAGAAUGCCAAAACGUACAAUGAACCUGGAUCACAAGUGUUCAAGGACGCAAAUGCGAUAAAAAAAAUAUUUAAUAUGAAAAAGGCUGAAAUUGAACACAGUGAGUUGGCCAAGUCAAGUCUCCGAAUCAGGACUCCAUCAAAUUUGACUGCUUCCAAGCUGACAGGUCCUUCCUCACAGGGUAAAGGCAGUGUUGGCGAUGAGAGAAAUUCUGCUAACAAAUAUUAUCGUAACAAAAGAUCAGCCCAAGGGGAUCGUUUAUCAGCAAUAACCAUGGCAUUGCAAUAUGGAUCAGAAAGCGAUGAGGAUGCGGCUUUGGCUGCUGCUGCUCGUUAUGAAGAAGGAGAAUCUGAAGCUGAGAGCAUUACUUCCUUCAUGGACACUUCUAAUCCUCUCUAUCAGCUUUAUGAUACAGUUAGAAGUUGCCGAAAUAAUCAGGGCCAGCUCAUAUCGGAACCCUUUUUCCAUUUGCCCUCCAAGAAAAAGUAUCCUGAUUAUUACCAGCAAAUUAAAACACCCAUUUCAUUGCAGCAGAUCAGAACCAAACUGAAGAACCAUGAAUAUGAAACUCUAGAUCAGCUGGAGAGCGAUCUGAACCUGAUGUUUGAAAACGCUAAGCGCUACAAUGUUCCCAACUCUGCCAUCUAUAAGAGAGUGCUGAAAAUGCAGCAGGUUAUGCAGGCAAAGAAGAAGGAGCUUGCUAGGAGAGAUGACAUUGAGGAUGGGGACAGCAUGAUUUCUUCUGCUACAUCUGAUACUGGAAGCUCAAAAAGGAAAAGUAAAAAGAAUAUACGAAAACAACGAAUGAAAAUCUUAUACAAUGCAGUUCUGGAAGCUCGAGAACCAGGCACAGGCAGACGGCUCUGUGAUCUGUUUAUGGUUAAACCCUCCAAAAAGGACUAUCCAGAUUAUUAUAAAAUUAUCUUGGAGCCAAUGGACUUAAAAAUGAUAGAGCACAACAUCCGCAAUGAUAAGUAUGCCGGGGAAGAAGCAAUGAUUGAAGAUAUGAAGCUCAUGUUCCGAAAUGCAAGGCAUUAUAAUGAGGAAGGCUCCCAGGUGUACAAUGAUGCCCAUAUUCUGGAAAAGACCCUUAAAGAAAAAAGAAAAGAACUGGGACCUCUACCUGAAGAUGAUGAUGUUGCUUCUCCUAAACUAAAGCUAAGUAGAAAAAGUGGCAUUUCCCCUAAAAAAUCGAAAUACAUGACUCCAAUGCAACAGAAAUUGAAUGAAGUUUAUGAAGCCGUUAAGAACUACACAGAUAAACGAGGCAGGCGGCUGAGCGCCAUCUUCUUGAGGCUGCCAUCUCGAUCUGAACUUCCGGACUAUUAUGUAACUAUUAAAAAGCCUGUUGACAUGGAAAAAAUCAGAAGUCAUAUGAUGGCCAACAAAUACCAGGAUAUUGAUUCCAUGGUAGAAGACUUUGUAAUGAUGUUCAAUAAUGCCUGCACCUAUAACGAGCCAGAAUCUUUGAUUUAUAAAGAUGCCCUGGUCUUGCAUAAAGUUUUACUCGAAACUCGAAGAGAGAUAGAAGGAGAUGAGGAUUCUCACGUCCCCAACGUAACUUUGCUAAUUCAGGAACUUAUCCAUAACCUUUUUGUAUCUGUUAUGAGCCAUCAGGAUGAUGAAGGCAGAUGCUACAGUGACUCUUUAGCUGAGAUUCCUGCUGUUGAUCCCAACUUCCCAAACAAACCUCCUCUGACUUUUGAUAUUAUCCGGAAAAAUGUUGAAAAUAAUCGCUAUAGAAGACUCGACUUGUUCCAGGAGAAUAUGUUUGAGGUACUUGAGAGGGCAAGGAGAAUGAACCGGACUGAUUCAGAGAUUUAUGAGGAUGCAGUUGAACUUCAGCAAUUCUUUAUUAAAAUUCGAGAUGAGCUGUGUAAGAAUGGAGAGAUUCUUCUGUCGCCAGCUCUCAGCUAUACCACCAAGCAUCUUCACAAUGAUGUAGAGAAGGAAAAGAAGGAAAAGUUGCCCAAAGAAAUAGAGGAGGAUAAACUCAAAAGAGAGGAGGAGAAGAGAGAAGCAGAAAAGAGUGAAGAUUCUUCUGGAUCAGCUGGCCUCUCAAGUUUGCAUCGGACCUACAGCCAGGAUUGCAGUUUCAAGAACAGCAUGUACCAUGUAGGGGACUACGUGUAUGUGGAGCCUGCUGAAGCCAACUUGCAACCUCAUAUAGUCUGUAUUGAGAGGCUGUGGGAAGAUUCUGCUGGAGAGAAAUGGUUGUAUGGCUGUUGGUUUUAUCGACCAAACGAAACGUUUCAUCUUGCAACGCGAAAGUUCUUGGAGAAAGAAGUUUUUAAAAGUGACUAUUACAAUAAAGUUCCUGUUAGCAAAAUUUUAGGCAAAUGCGUGGUCAUGUUUGUUAAGGAAUAUUUUAAAUUAUGUCCUGAAAACUUUAGAGAUGAGGAUGUCUAUGUCUGUGAGUCACGUUAUUCUGCAAAGACAAAAUCUUUUAAAAAGAUUAAACUGUGGACUAUGCCUGUUAGCUCCGUAAGAUUUGUCCCACGAGAUGUGCCUCUGCCUGUGGUCCGUGUUGCUUCUGUGUUUGCUAAUACAGACAAAGUAGAUGAGGAGAAACACACUGAGAACUCGGAGGACAGUAAGGUGGGAGAAAGUAUCCUUCAUCUUGAAAAGGACAAAGAAGAUGUUCCGGUAGAAAUGUCCAAUGGAGAACCUGGUUGCCAUUACUUUGAACAGCUCUGUUACAAUGAUAUGUGGCUUAAGGUUGGGGAUUGUGUCUUCAUAAAAUCACAUGGGUUAGUGCGACCUCGGGUAGGAAGAAUUGAGAAGAUGUGGGUGCGAGAUGGAGCUGCAUAUUUUUUUGGUCCAAUCUUUAUACAUCCUGAAGAAACUGAACAUGAACCAACUAAAAUGUUCUACAAGAAGGAAGUGUUUUUGAGUAACUUGGAGGAGACCUGUCCUAUGACUUGCAUUUUGGGGAAGUGUGCUGUUCUGUCGUUCAAGGACUUCCUCUCCUGCAGACCAACAGAAAUCUCCGAAAAUGAUGUUUUCCUUUGUGAGAGCCGCUACAAUGAAAGUGACAAACAAAUGAAGAAAUUUAAAGGGCUCAAGAGGUUUUCGCUCUCUGCAAAAGUUGUUGAUGAUGAAAUAUACUAUUUUAGAAAACCUAUAGUUCCUCAGAAGGAGCCAUCUCCCCUACUAGAAAAGAAGAUCCAGCAACUAGAAGCAAAAUUUGCUGAGUUAGAAGGAGGUGAUGAAGACAUAGAAGAGAUGGGAGAAGAGGAAGGCGACAUCACUGAAACACCUUCUAUCCCUCAGCUUCAGACCCCAUUGGCUAGUGAAUUGGAUAUAAUGCCUUACACUCCGCCACAGUCCACUCCCAAGUCUGUUAAGGGCAGCACCAAAAAGGAGGGAUCAAAAAGGAAGAUCAACAUGAGUGGUUACAUCUUAUUUAGCAGCGAGAUGAGAGCUGUAAUUAAAGCUCAGCACCCGGACUACUCCUUUGGAGAGCUCAGCAGACUUGUAGGAACUGAGUGGAGAAACCUGGAAGCAACUAAGAAAGCAGAAUAUGAAGAGCGGGCAGCUAAAGUUGCUGAGCAGCAGGAGAGAGAGCGAGCAGCACAGCAACAGCAGCAGAAUUCCUCCCCCCGGGCAGGCACUCCUGUCGGGGCUCUUAUGGGGGUGGUGCCGCCACCGACACCAAUGGGAAUGCUCAAUCAGCAGUUGACACCCGUUGCAGGCAUGAUAAGUGGCUAUCCAGCGGUGCUGCCACCUUUGCAGGGCCCAGUUGAUGGCAUUGUUAGCAUGGGCAGCAUGCAGCCACUUCACCCAGGGGUGCCCCCACCCCACCAACUUCCGCCAGGUAUGCCAGGCAUCCCAGGCAUCCCACCACCCGGUGUUAUAGGCCAAAAUGUAUCUCCCAUGGUAGGCACUCCAGCACCAGGAGCAAGUCCAUUUGGACAACAGAUAGGAAUCCUUGGCCCGCCGGGACAACAGGCACCCCCUCCGUAUCCCGGUCAGAGCCCAGCAGCGCAGCCAGUUAUGCAGCAGCCCACGACUCCAAUGUUCGUCUCCCCUCCACCAAAGACACAGAGGCUUCUUCAUUCGGAGGCCUAUCUGAAAUAUAUUGAGGGGCUUAGUGCUGAAUCGAAUAGUAUUAGCAAGUGGGACCAGACCCUUGCAGCACGAAGACGAGAUGUCCACUUAUCGAAAGAACAGGAGAGCCGUCUCCCUUCACACUGGUUGAAAAGUAAAGGGGCUCAUACCACCAUGGCCGAUGCAUUAUGGCGUCUUCGAGACUUGAUGCUACGAGACACCCUUAACAUCCGUCAGGCAUACAACAUAGAAAAUGUUUAAUUGCAUAAUUGCUUCUUUGAUACCGGCAUAUAAGGAGUUUUGUGGAACAAUAGCUGUUUUAGUUACUGGGUGGGGAGAGAUAACCAACAAUAAUUUGUAUUGCAUUUUACUGUACAUUGCAAGACCAUUUUUAUAUAAGGACACUUUUAAUAAGCAUAUUUCACUUUUUGUUAUAUUAAGUUGACUUUAUCAAAUACACAGAUUUUUGCAUAUGUUUCCUUUGUUUGAAAGGCGAUUUCAUAAUUGGUUAAGUGUAGUCAAGGAUUCAUCUUUCUUAUAUUUUAUUGCUGAGAAUCUGAUGCCAUCAUUUUUAUAUAAAAGAAAAAAGAAAACAAAAAGUAUUUGCAAAUUGGUACAAUGGAAUGUGAAGUUAGUCAUAGUUUACAUCUUAGAAGAAUGUGUGUACAUGUGCUUGUGUGUGCUAGCCACGUCCAGCAGAAAUCUCACUUGGAUGUGAACAGGGAGGAUUUCUUGAAAUGAAGCUAAAGGUAAGGGGUGCAUUGAUGCUAGGAAAAAUCAAAUGUUAAGUCAAUACUGAGGCUGCUGAAUGGACCACAGUGAUCAUGAAAGUGCUGGUGUGGACGGGACAAGGGUGUCUUGACUGCUAAUUGUGUCCAAUCCUGUCCAGUUACCUAAUUGUGUAGCCAAGGCCAUUAUGAUCCUAAAUUAGUAACAGAAUACAUGUGCUUUGCAUGCCCUUGAAAGGUGAAGUGUUCUAUCUACUGUGACCUGCUUUGGGGGUUCUGUGAUGUGCCUAACGCCUAGCAGUGGGAACGGAAAGCUUAUUCCCCAAGCGAUUAUAUGUGCGUUUGUAGGAGUCGUGCAGAGCUUUGAAUCGGUUCAGGUCUUGGAAGGUAAGUUAGAGAAGGGAAGUUGAGUUGUUUUGUUUGUGAAGGAGUGCGAUGUUUUUAAAUUCACAUGUAUUCUGUUAAUGAUUAGGCAUUGCAAGAUAUCUUUGUAUGCUUUCCUUGAGUGUAUUGAUUCACCUUAAUGAAAGUUUUGCAGGGCAGAUGGGGAGAAAUUUGAUGCGUAAAUCUAGCUUUAACAAAAUACUGCUGUAUGUGUAAAUUCAGCAUAGCUAGUAGGUUGGAGAAAUAAGAGAACUUGCAUUGCAGCCUUCAGAGUGUGUUAUGGUGGUGUGGUGUUUUGGUUUUUUUUUUUGUUUGGUUGGUGUUCUUUUUUUUAAUUAGUAAGGUAUGUAUGGAAUCUUCUUGCCAAAUUUCAAGGUUGUGACUGUCUUCUGCUAAGGACUUCCCUGUCCUCAUAACCAACCAACCUUUUGGACUGUAAAGCUAUUUGUUUAAAGGCUUUCAUCGUACUUCACUGUAGAAAAAGAAUGAACAGUUUUUAUUUCAUUCGAUAUCUGGGAAAGCAAUAUUAAUUUGAACCGUUUGUUGGCAGGAACGUUGUCACUGCAACUCAGUCCAAAAGAAAGCACUAAUUUACUGAUAUGCUUUCAUCUGACUGCUCGAAAUGCUCAUCAUGUGGAAAUGUGUUUUAAAGAAUACUGGUACAAAAAAUUUUUAUUUGAGUACAUUUGGCAGAAGGUUAAAUAUUUCUAUUCAAAUACUGGAUACCUUGGGUUCUGUUUCAGUGAUGUAAUUUAUACUGUUGAGGGAAGUGACACGUGCAAGUGUAAACUGUUAUUUAAAUAUACUGGCUAAUUCCUCUUCCUCUGCCACUCCAACCUUCCAGUCAUUGCGUGGAAAACCCUAUAAUUACAAGUAGGCACUUAAGGACAGUUUAGGUCAGAUGUGCAAUGGAUGCGAAGGAAGUGGAGCUUGGAAGCCUCCAAUAGGGAAAUUACAAUUUUGAACUCUCCAAGUAAUGCACCUGUGGUACAGGAAUUCUUCACUGGCCUUUGUAAAUUACCAAGUUUAUUUAAUAAAGUAGAAACUGAACAGUCUUAGACAUCCCCCAUAUGCAGCAUCGUCUUAGAGAGUGUUUGAAUUACCAUAGGCUUUGCAAUAUUUGGCCGCAAAGAUGGGACAUUGAACUGAAUCAAGCAGCGAAUCCUAGUUUUUGAGUAUUUGGAACCAUCAUGGAUUGUACUAAUGCCACCGGAUUCUCUUUUAUUUCUCAACAUUAACGAAAAUUACACCAAAGAACCUGGGAUGAAUUUUAGUUAAGUUAUUGUUUUAUUUAUUUUCUUUUGAGGACUGGAUGGGACUCCCUUUGGAGCCUGUAGAACUGAAAUUGUUAAUUUAUCUGAAGGUCAGUGAUGAGCAAACUUGCAGCACUGGCUCUCUCCCGCCGGAGUAGCUGGGGCUCUGCUUUCGCUGCUCUUUCCGGCCCAGGGGCAAGAGAUUGGAAGUGCGAGUGAAACCUGGGUUCUCCCGUAAGGCAGUGCAGAGCACUACCACUAAGCCGCUGGGCUGGCCCUAAUCAAUUAUUUUAAGCAUUGUUUAUUUAUUUCAAAAUCAUGUCUCUGUGUAUUGGAGGCAUUUCAGUUGAUUGCAGUAAAAUUUAGGAUAUAAUGGCUACAGUCUAGAAUUCAAGACCAGCAAAAGAAGCUUUUUUUCUGACUCUGGUUUAAAAAAAAAGAGAGACAUGUCUGUCUAGCUGUCUUUUUCUCUCUCUCUCUCUCUCUCUGGGUAUUUGAAGCCCUCGUUUCUUUUCCACUGCCGUUCAUUGUAUUGGCAUAAAUGAAACUUUCAUAUUACAAUAAAAGUACGUAUGGGAAAUGAUUGAUUUCUGUGAGAGUGGAAAAUAGGUUAAUCUAGGACCGGUAUUUUCAUAAACCAGUUGGAGACCACUUAUUAUUUGUUUCACUUUCUCAGUCCUUCCCUUCUGUGAGAAGAUUUACUGUUUGUGUAAAAAAAUCAAAACGUUGUUGGUGAUCUUUUUCGGCAUGUUUUUGGACCUGGUUAAUCCAUGCUUGGCUUUUCCUUAAAUCUUGUUCGCCCGAAAGUUAAGCUGAUAACCAGGUUUAUAACAUGUAUGUACCAUCAGUUUGUUUACCUGAGUCUUUUUAAUUUGAAUAAAAAUAGUUUGCAAAGUG